UCAGAGCAUUUCCUCAUGAAAAAUGGCGCUACCCACUAGCUGUCGCAUUCUGGUCCCACACAUAUCUAGAUUUAAUUCGUAUGUUCGGGAAACAUCGCGUAUUUGUGUUACGAGCAAUUUAAUGCUAGCUAAAAGGCAACUGACGUAUGGGCAAACCGCAGGGAUUUCUCCGUCCUUGGCGUGGAAGAGCGCAGUGAGCAGAAGGUCAUUCCGACGUUGUAAUAUCACCAGUAAUCACGUCAAUGAGAAAAGCCACAAUGAAGAGAAUUCCAACAAUCGAAAUGCAUUGUGGAGUGCUGUUGCAGCGUUCACCUUCUUCGGUAAGGCUGAGGAUGAGAGAGAUGAAGCGCAGAGGGCAGAAGAUGAAAUCAUUUUGCUCCUGAAAAAAGCCAAGCUCAGUAUGAUGCGAGACGAGUUGGAAGCAGCCAAUGUUUUCUUGCAUCAGGCCAUAAGACUGGCUCAUCAAACUCAUAACACCCAGGCCAUCAUCUACACAUACAGCUUGAUGGCAAACCUUGCCUUUGUUCAAGGUCAGCUGACCAACGCAGAGAAGCUCUUCAAGGCAGCCAUGAGUUUCAUGUUGUCUGGGGGAACGCCUCAGGAUCAUAAUGCGGUCAUUGAGAUGUCCCUGAAGCUUGCAAGCAUAUAUGCCUCUCAGAACAAGAAUGAAUUGGCAGAGCACGGGUUCCAGUUUUGUACAGAAUCUCUGGAGGCCAAGAUUGAGAAACACAAGGACCUCUCCCUAGAGGAGUUAUCAGACGAGGAGAGGAAGGACACGCGGCUGCUGCUGGGCCUCUGUUUGGACGCCAGGGCGCGCUACCUGGCCGUCACCCACCGGCUGACCGAGGCCACGGGCGAUUACCGCCGCGCCCUGCAGAUUUGCUCAGAGGAGCAGGGAGAGGCGCACCCACAGACUCUGGUGUUGAUGAGUGAUCUGGCCACUAUCCUGGACCUCCAGGGGAAGCAUGAAGAAGCCCUCAGUCACGUGAAGAAAGCCAUGCAGCUGGGGAAGGAGGCUGGCCACCCCGACCAGCAUGUGCUUCUGGGCAACAUGGCCGGCAUUCUGAUGCAUCAAGGUCAGUUUGAGGAGGCCAGCCGGCUGUACAACGAGGCCCUGGCGCUGGCGCAGGCCGUGGGCGACGGAGAGGCCGCCGAGCAGAUCCAGGAAGGACUGAAGGAGCUGGCCGGCAGGAAAGACGCCCAGGCGGACGCCAAGCCCGGCGGAGCGACGGCGGAGAGUCCGGCAGAAGGCCAGGCGGCGUCAGAUUGACGUGAAAAAAAGUUCCACCGCAGCAGGAUCCCGGCAUGUCAGCGGCGAGCCGCAGGUGGAAAUGUUUGUUGUGUGUUAAACGUCCCUUUGCCUGUGCCCGCACCAUGCCACCACAGUGUGCCCUGUGUCUGUGUGCCAUCUGUGGUCUGAGCAUCCUGCCAACUGCCAUUGUCUGAGUGACGUCGUGUAGCCCACUGUUCUCCAGCUGUGACGAGGUCCUCGCCCUCUCUCCCGGUACCCACGUGAUGGGGAGCUACCUUCAUUCCCCCCCCCCCUUCUCCCUGGUGUGCCCCUAGACCCAUUUCCUCGUUCAGGUGUAGUGGAAAGGUGAGAUACACAAGCUUGUGUACCAGUUCAUGAGACUCAGGGAGGCGGCGGUACAGGGAACAUUACGGCCCAAGGUCUAGAGGCGCACAGCUGUCAUCGGGUGAUACUGUUUACAUGUGAAUGAAAUACAACCAUGGAAAGGGCAGCUGUAUUCUCACACAUUUGUAUGUAUGACUGUCAGGACCAAUUGAAUGCUGCAUCUGAUGGGCCUUAAGCACAUUACAGCAUAGGAGACAACUGAGGGGACUCAAUUGGAACUGGAGGCACAAUCAGAUGCCAAACAAGGAGUUUGAGAAGAGAAGCAAUAUCAUCCUGUGUUUUGAAGAGGAGAUUGAAUAAAAGUAACCUGUCACAGAUCUUA